AUGCCGCCGCCAGGCCAAGUAUUGCCUCUGCUCCGCAAGGGCGGAUGUGCUGUCGCAUCGACCCUGACAUUGCGGACGGCAGCAAGUACAGGCACAUGCCGACGGGUGUGGCCGGCGCGGACGCAAACACAGACAACACAUGUGCCACAGUUAUUAUUACAACCUCUGCACUGCCACCAUGGCUUUUCGACGUCACGACGGGCACCCUCUGCUUCGGCAACAGCUGGAGGCCGUGGGCGGGGUGACGGAUCUGCAUCUUCGAACAGCGACAACGCCACGCCAUUCGAAGACGAGCACCUGAAGAAGAGCUACUUCCUGUCCAAUACGCUCAUGGACCGUGUGGCCGGCCUCAGCCCCGGCUCGUCUCUUUCCAACUCCCCCGACCCCCACAACCCGCAUGCCAACGCCGAGGCCCUUCCACAUCGCCGGCGCCAAGCCGCACGACGGCAAGCCAAACUGGCUGCUGCUGCUGCUGCGUCGUCCACUUCGUCCUCGACUGUCCCCUCCUCGGCCGUCUCCCCCGAAGAAACCUCCGCCUCCCACUUCGCCCCCUCCUCAUCGUCCGACCUUCCCGAAAACGCCUCCGCCAUCCUCAGUGACAUGGCCGCUCGCCAGCCCACAACAUCGAUUCGGCGCCUGGCAUCGUCGCUGCUCUCGCUCGCCAAGCCGCGACUGACUGUGCUUGUCGUACUGACGGCCAUGGCGCCGUAUGCGCUGUACCCGGUGCCGUCCUUCUUGUCCAACGGCCUGCUCGAGACGACACCCUCCCUCUCGCCGCUGACCCUCUUGUUUCUGACAACGGGCACGGCCCUCUGCUCGGCCUCCGCCAACGCGCUCAACAUGCUGUACGAGCCCGACACGGACGCGCGCAUGUCGCGCACGCGCAACCGGCCGCUCGUGCGCAUGCUCGUCAGCCGCCGCGCUGCGCUCUUGUUUGCCGUGGGCUGCGGCGUGGCGGGCGUGGCCGCUCUGCAGUGGGGGGUCAACCCCACGGUGGCGUUCCUGGGCGUGGCCAACAUUGCGCUCUAUGCAGGCGUCUAUACCCCGAUGAAGCGACUGAGUGUCCUCAACACGUGGGUCGGCGCCCUCGUCGGCGGCAUCCCGCCGCUCAUGGGCUGGGCCGCCGCCGCCGGCGAGUCCGCCGCCACGUCGUCGGCCCGCGAGCUGCUGUUUGCGCCCGACGGGUCGAGCGCCGGCGGCUGGCUGCUGGCCGCGCUGCUGUUUGCGUGGCAGUUCCCGCACUUUAUGGCGCUGUCGUGGGCCGUGCGGCACGAGUACCAGCGGGCGGGCCUGCGCAUGCUGGCGUGGGUGAACCCGGCGCGCAACGGGCGCGUGGCCCUGCGGUACGCCGCCGCGUUCUUGCCCAUCUGCGUCGGGCUGUGCCUGGCCAACGUCACGUCGUGGAGCUUCGCCGUCACGAGCCUGCCCGUCAACGUGUGGCUGGUGCGCGAGGCAUACCAGUUCUGGCGCUUCGAGGGCCACCAGGGCUCCGCGCGGCGGUUGUUCUGGGCGAGCGUGUGGCAUCUGCCCGCGCUGAUGGUGCUGGCCCUGCUGCAAAAGAAGGGCAUGUGGACGCGCGUCUACCAGAGUGUGUUUGGACAGCCCGUGCUGGAUGAUGACGACGAGUUGGAUGACGACGACGACGACGACUACCUCUGGGAGGACGAGGGCAAGACGGGGUCGGUCCCAGCCGUCGUGCCAGUGGCUGCCUCGCCGACAUCCAAAUAG